GGGAUGAACGCGAGGGGUCACGUCAAACGGCGUAGACAAAGGGCGGGCGCGCGCACGUCCUUACGCACGCCUCGGCAGGCAGCGGCAGGCCCCGGCAGGAGGGACCGGCGCCGCAGGGAUUUGGAGUCUCGGAUCCUCGAGGUUGCUUUGGCAGCAUGUAAGCAACUUCUUGCCAAGAACUCGGGUCACCGCUGAGAAAGGGGACCUUAGGGAGAAGAAUAUCCAGAGGAGACCAAUGCCAGGAGCGUAUGGAAUUUCACUCACCGCAGGCAGUAUGAGACAUUCUGUGCCAGCAUCUGUGUCCUACUGGCAAAGACCGUAGCUCUCCAGGUAGGAGGGCCCUGGAAGCAGCGUGCAGCAGGAAGCCUCUCUAGAGGAAGAAUGGGGCCAGAUAUGAACUCUCUACAAUGAACACAAGUUUCAGCUUAUGAAGGAAUUUUAAGUAAAACAAUUAUUUAAUUUCCACAUAUUCAAGUUCAGUAGCCUUCUGUGUGAAGUGCCAGCAGUCACACACACCGCUUCCCCCAACCACAGGAGUUAAUCAGGAUUUCGCUGGCAUCGAGUUGAACUCUUCUUGGUACUUCUGGCAAUGACGGAUCUUUGAGACAGAUUUAUCUGCUGAAUGCUCUUGGGCAGGAAAAUAAAGUAAAACUUCUGGAAUCCGUGUAAGGGUGGCAGAGCACAGAUCCCUCCUCACUGCUCAGUCACAGAAAGGCAGCCGGGACUCGAAUGCUUAUAGUGAAGAUUGGUCCUGCCUCGCUCACCUCCAGAGCCCAUCUGUUCCAGGAGACUCGGUAUUUGGGGGCUGCCGGCUGUGCGUGGCUCUUUUUGUUACCAUUCUCCUCCCAAGCCAUUGAAUGGUGUGAACUUUGGAAUGGAGUCUGGUCGCUGCUGGGGACUCGCUUCCUUCCCCAGGCUGCUGCUGUCUUGAGAGGGCCGUCUGAAGGCUGCGCUUUGUUCUUGGGGAGGAGGCAUCAGCCCGGCCUGGAUCCUCCACCAUGUUCCUGCUGCUGCCUUUUGAUAGCCUGAUUGUCAACCUCCUGGGCAUCUCCCUGACUGUCCUCUUCACCCUCCUCCUUGUUUUCAUCAUAGUCCCCGCUAUUUUUGGAGUCUCCUUUGGUAUUCGAAAGCUCUACAUGAAAACUUUGUUAAAAAUUUUUGCGUGGGCGACCUUGAGAAUGGAGAGAGGAGCCAAAGAGAAGAACCACCAACUCUACAAGCCCUAUACCAAUGGAAUUAUUGCAAAAGAUCCCACUUCACUAGAAGAAGAGAUCAAAGAAAUUCGUCGAAGUGGCAGCAGUAAGGCUCUGGAUAAUACUCCAGAGUUUGAGCUCUCUGACAUUUUCUACUUUUGCCGGAAAGGAAUGGAAACCAUUAUGGAUGAUGAGGUGACAAAGAGAUUCUCAGCAGAGGAGCUGGAGUCCUGGAACCUGCUGAGCAGGACCAAUUACAACUUCCAGUAUAUCAGCCUCCGGCUCACUGUCUUAUGGGGCUUAGGUGUGCUGAUUCGGUACUGCUUCCUGCUGCCUCUCAGGAUAGCUCUCGCUUUCACAGGGAUUAGCCUUCUGGUGGUGGGCACAACCAUGGUGGGAUACUUGCCCAACGGGAGGUUUAAGGAGUUCAUGAGUAAACAUGUUCACCUAAUGUGUUACCGGAUCUGCGUGCGCGCCCUGACAGCCAUCAUUACCUACCACGACAGGAAAAACAGACCUAGAAACGGUGGCAUCUGUGUGGCCAAUCAUACCUCUCCCAUCGACGUCAUCAUUUUGGCCAGUGAUGGCUAUUAUGCCAUGGUGGGUCAAGCACACGGGGGACUCAUGGGUGUGAUUCAGAGAGCAGUGGUGAAGGCCUGCCCUCACAUCUGGUUUGAGCGCUCUGAGGUGAAAGAUCGCCACCUGGUGGCUAAAAGACUGAGUGAGCACGUGCAGGAUAAAAGCAAGCUGCCUAUCCUCAUCUUCCCAGAGGGAACCUGCAUCAAUAAUACAUCAGUGAUGAUGUUCAAAAAGGGAAGUUUUGAAAUUGGAGCCACGGUUUACCCAGUUGCUAUCAAGUACGACCCUCAGUUCGGUGAUGCCUUCUUCAACAGCAGCAAAUAUGGAAUGGUGACGUACCUGCUGCGAAUGAUGACCAGCUGGGCCAUUGUCUGCAGUGUCUGGUACCUGCCCCCCAUGACCAGAGAGACGGAUGAAGAUGCCGUCCAGUUUGCGAAUAGGGUGAAAUCCGCCAUUGCCAGACAGGGAGGACUCGUGGACCUGCUGUGGGACGGUGGCCUGAAGAGGGAGAAGGUGAAGGACGCGUUCAAGGAGGAGCAGCAGAAGCUGUACAGCAAGAUGAUUGUUGGGAACCAUGAGGACAGGAGCCGGUCCUGAGCCGGUCCGGAGCCCGUGCCUCACGCUGCUGGAGCCGCCGUGCCCGAAUCCUGCCACGGGGCCAGCCGGAGUCCUCGCCGCCGCCCCCCACUGCGCACUCUUUCCAGACUCCGGCCUGCAGGCUGCUCUGGGUCCCGGGACGCCAGCUUCUUCAGAGCUGCCCGGAUCCCUGGGCUUGCUGUUCGAAGUGGGCACUUCGGGGUGUCCGGACGAGAUGACUUCUCGUUUCUUUUCCAAUGAGUCCGUUGGAGGAAUGCCAUUAAAGUCAGCUCUCCACCUGUGCACACACGGGGCUGCGUGGUUGGGAAGAAUCAGUCACGGUCCAUACUCCGGCCAGUAAGAUGUUUGUUAGUCUGUUACAGAUGCCCACGUGCCAGGGACUUGGCUGGGGGAGGGCUGCCUGCUCGCGAGGAGAAGCACUGCGAGGCAGUGUGGCCCGCCGGCCUGAGCAUCGCCCCGGCUUUGGAGCUCUGCCGGCUCGCUACAGAGAAACUUGUCUGCAGGGGCCUUCGGCCAAGGGAAGUUCUGACUCCUCACCAAAGGGGAGGGCAGGAGGCAGGACGGACCUGUGACGAGUUUGUGGUGGGCACCAGGAGUCAUUUCCUGUUCCAGCUCCAGUGGUCACCUCAGACUCCCAUGUGACUUGCUCUUCAUUAACAUGUGCCUCAGUUUCCCCAUCUGUGACCUGGAUCAGGAGGGGAAGGCGGCGAUACCUACCUCACAGGGUUGUUGUGGGGAUGGAAGCGCUACCCUCGUGGAGGACAGCGGAGCUCGGCGUUCCCAGUGCGGCCCCGGGCAGGACGGGGUCUGGGCUCCUCGCGGCUGCCGGGGCGCGCUGCUGCCGGGCGGAGUGGCUUUGUGAGUAAUAAAGUUGUCUUUGACGGUGAACCACGAGAGGGGUUUUCCCUUCACUCUGCCUCCCCUAGAUGUGGCCCGAAGCAGUGAGUGUCUUAUCAAAGUUACAGAAAGUAACCCCAGGGCUGGAAGGUGUCUAAUUGACUUAUGAGGAAUAGUAUUGUUCAGGAGAAGGUGAAGCACUCAUAUCAACGUUUGCUUGGCUGCCUCGUACAUGUAGAAUCCCCAGCAUGAUGGAGAUGUGGAUUUCUGCACGGAUGGGAGCCGUGGGCCAGAGGUGUGUGGUGGGGCACCAUUCUUUGAAUUUGGGGGGAGAGUGCAAGGUGGCAGGGGCCAUCUGAAAGGACGGGAAACCCACAGGGGAACGCUGGCACGGCAGGAGCUGAGACCCUGGAAGGGUGCAUGCGGGACAGGACUGGCCACGGGCGUGUGGUGCGCCAGGGGCCCACACAGCCAGGGGAAACCAGAUCCCGUGGCCGCCUGCGCCCACCUACAGUCACUGAAGGCAGGUCUGAAGCCAAGCCACUGUAGCUUCUUGCUGCUAGGGUCCCCCAGUUUGGGUUCCUCAGAAGAGAGCUGCCUCACCUCUACCGUUUGUCCAUCUCUCCUCCCCCGUCCCUCCCCUCAGUCCGCACGGCACAGUCGGCACACCUUGCAGGACUUGGCACAGCCGUGGUGCCACCUCAACAAGGCCACUCCUGGGCCAUGACCAGGGAGUGUGGGAAGGAAGCCCGGCUCCCUGAGGCUCCCGCUGGGGCAGCGCUUUGUCCUGCCCCCUCCCUCCUGCCUCCUGCCUUCCUGCUGCCUGCGCCCCCCCUCCCCCCCCAUAGCUUCCAUUUCCUCCGGCCUGCUAACCAGUGAAAACUUUCCUCUCAAAUAAAAACACUAUUGUGACUGUAAGAACAGCCUCUUAUGAACUGUUUUACAAAGUAUUCAAGAUUAAACAGGGAUUACCAGCCUUUAUAAGAAGGAGUAUUUACAGUGUUUCCAAGCUGUCUAGGAUGAUCUUUAAAAGUUGAUUUUGAAGACCAAGGUCCCUUUUUAUACUUCCCCUAAAAAAAAAAAGCUGCCUAUUGAUUAGUACAUUUAUUUUAGGAUUUUCAUAGGUAUUUAAUAUUUUUAUGUUUCUCACAUCCUGUCCAACAAACUUUUCUGCUGACGACAUAACACGAUUACAGCCACCUGGUUUAGGGUCACUGCUCUGUAGAGAAGCAUCGUGGAGACAAAGCAACGGUUAUUUUCCUCUUUCACUAAGUGAGGAGGGGACAUGAAUGACAGCCCCCCAGAAAAUCUCCGUAAAAUUCUAAUUCAGUGCUUGGCACAAGCUUGCGGACACAUCAGACCGUGCUGUCACCUCAAUGGCGACACUGCGGGCCCCGGGUUACCUGGGUCAGAAUACCUGGUGUGGGGUAAGACUUCAAGGCACUGAGGGGUAGCAACAGAAGCAUGUAAGACACAAAGUACGUUCACUCUCGUGAUCCCAGCAGUGACAAGGAUGUUCUCAGAGUAAAGCCAAGGGACAUUGGUUAGUGGCGUUACCCUGGCCAGCCUCGAAUGCCACUUCCAAGCCUGUCACACAUCUUUGUUGUUGCAACUUAAUUUGUGACUCUUCAUCCGCAACUGAGCCCUUCUCAUCUCUGCAAUUUCUGUAUGCUUUAAACCCAUAGUUCAAACUUUGGCUUUAAGCUCUCCAGUCAUCAGGGUUCAGAAAUAAGAGAAGUCAGUUUGAAACAAUUUGCUGCCUUCAAAACACGGGGGCUAGUGAAACUCAGUUCCUCAAGUGGGUGUCCCGCACGUGCAGCAGCGUCCCUGGAGUUCUAGGUGACUGGGCAGCGGUGGGUUUGAUUGUGGAUCCUGGAAAGACUUUUCCCACUCACACAUGAGAUUUUUUUUUCCAACCAGUGAGAGAAGGCCCUUUAAAAAGGCUAGUAAAAUUCCCCGGGCAGCGGAAGCACAGUAGAGGGCUGUCGGCCAGGCCAGCGCUCAGCACACUAAGCUUGAUGGAGCAGUUCGAGAUGACAUCCUUGUGACAUCGUAUAAACAACUUUGGAACUUGGCUCCCCACUGUGUCAGACCCCAUUCCCUGCUGCUGCCCUUCACAGAUUAAAAGCAGCUUGAUGGGAGGCUGUCGGCAGGCAGCACUCCGCAGAGCCCCGAGCGCCCAGGCCGGCCUAGGGACGGGUGCUCGGGCAGCCCCCAGCAUCAGCCCUGCCCAGCAGCACCCUACUGUGGUGAGCUCUGUGGCUCUGUGGAAGUCUUCUGGGACUAAAGAUCCAGCCAUUUCCUUCCUGGAAUUGACCCAAAACUCAAUGGUCUGGGGAGUUGUGCUUCCCACGGUUCCCGAUGCACGAGAGCCCCCUGUGUCGGAGGUCCCCACCUGCCUGCUGUGCGUCUGGAGUGGCCAGACUCGGUUUCUCCAGUUGCCCUGGCACCGUGGGGCCGAAAGGGCAGCUGCACGCACACCGACUCCAGGACAGGCUAAGAGACGACCAUCCAGCCAUCCAUCUUCCGCUGCACUAACACCCCUCUCCCCGAGUCAAUAUGUCUCUCUCCGAUGGGAAAGUUAAUAAAUUUUGCUCUAGAUUAAAAGUAUUGAUCAUUUCAUUUGUAAACGAUAAAUAAAAAAGGGGAACUUUUCAUUGCACCAGGGGUAGCGUCUGGUGUAUUUUGCUGGUGAAAUUGCGCUAGCUGUCGGGGGGUGGGCUUCUCAUAUGCAUUCUGGCUGGCCGGCUGCAUUGAUUUCCUAUUAGUCUCCCAGCACCACCCAGUAACACAUCAUUUCAGUACCGGCUAUUAAUGGUCUUUUGAUAAAUAAUCACUUGUAAGUCAAUAAAUUUUUAUUAAACAGUG